AACAACUUGAACGAGUUCGAUGUUUGGAUUGGUCUUCAGUGUCUCUCGCAAUGUCCCUUUGGUCCACCUGAUCCAUUCGCAACUAAAGUGUCCUAAUUGUUUGGCCAUUAUAGAUUCGUCGUCAAUCUCAAUGGGCACAAAGAAGACAAAUCCACCGACUUUCGUGCCCAGAGUGGCUUGCACGUAUGUUUGAGCUUGCUGAAGGACCAUGUCUGGGCUGAUGCCAGCGGAGGACGAUACGCUAGCUAUCGCAGCAUCUGCGUCGAGAGAAAGCAAGAUAGCGUUAGCCUGGUUCAUGGUACAGGUGCUUUAAGGAGAAUUAAUAUCACGUGGGGGUGGAACCGAUUAUCUGUUUAAACUGAGUCGGAUUCUUACCCAUCUCUUUUCAUUGAACCCCCACUUUCAAAAAAAUGGACACCACUCUCAAAACGGAACUUCCCCGCGCAAGAACUUCUGCGGAGAUUGAGUCUACCUCCAAAAUCUCGCCUAUCGAACAGAACAUGACAACGGGUCCCUUGAAAGUGAAGUUGAAAGCACAAGAACCCCAGCAUCGACAUUAUAAUCAUAACCACAAACCCGCUGGGCUUGAACGAUUCAGAAAUUUUGUCAAACUCACGAGCCAUUCAAGAGGAUCUGAGGCUGGCCAACCGUCAAGCGAUUGUUCCUCAAACAACGCUCAAGUUUUGGUUGGACUUUCUGGCGAAGACUCGGAUUUUGUGAAAAAUUGCCCCGCCAUUGAUACAAAUGGCUAUACCGAUGACACCGAAAACCCUAAUGUACUCGCUGAGAGGAUUCGGCAGCUCAUUAUCUCCCUACCCGCCAUUGUUGUUACACCUGAUAACGAGUCGAGCGUUGACACCGUUCAUACCAUGCCCAAGUUCAACUUGCACUUGACUCCGAGUCACGACUUGGAUGCUUCCAGCUGUCCUCCCCUUCCCCCUCCUCCUCCGUCGGCGAUCCUCAUCAACGACAAGCACCUCAUCAACGUUCUAUCAAACCCCCUCAUCAUGAAUGGCGGCAAAGAGGAAAAACAGCCAACCGUGUGGAGUGUUUUGCUUUCCCUUGCUCCUCCUAAUCACCAUCAAAGGGAUGAAAUGGGUAACAUGGGUAACACGUCAAUAUCUUGUAACCCUCCCGACACGAGCGUCAUGCUAUAUCUUCCUCUUCAACCCAAGACCCAGGACGAGGUGGAGCUCGCAGAAUCGCAGCAUGUUGUUGUGCCGACCCCGGCGCCCCUCGCUGACGAUAACGGUAGCGCAAGGGCAGAGCAUGUUGUUACCGCUGGUUGGAGGUGGUGGCCGUUUCUUAGCAAAAAGAAAGAUCAGAUCCCUGGAAUACCUAAGGUUUCUUCUCAAACCCCAUCAACACCAACACCGGGCGUUCCGAAAUCAAGAAUUUCACCGAUCCCUGCUAAGGCCGUCAAGAAAAUGUGGCUACCCUCUAGAACGAAAUUCUCUAUCGAGGCGACUUGGUGGGGCUAUCGAAUAUUCCUCCCGCCUCCUCUAAUGGCCAUCCUGAGCAACGAUGAACUCACACUCGUGAACCGCGCAGCAAUGAUCUCUGCCGCUCUGACGUGGCUGUUUGCGCAGAUCCCCAUCGCGGUGUUUCCACCGCCGUUACAACCAGUCGUGCUGCUGUUGCAGGGGAUCGUCCCGUAUAUCAGCUACAUCGGGACGUUCAUCUCUUGGUCCUGGGAGAGUGUUAAGGAAUAUGAUACAGGAUACGGUGUUAUUCUGAACGCGACUUGGUUGUUACCCGUUGCGCUGAUUCCUAGUACAUGGAAAGUCGAUAGUUUCCCUUGUGCAUCCCCGAAUAUUAGUACUACUAAAGAACGUGCGAAACGCAUCACUGCUACUACGAUGUCUCUUCCUGGUGUCACCCCCACCACGCGUACGGAUGCUAAUACCACCCUCGAUGUCGCAGACGUAUCUACGCCUCUUGCGAUGAAGCAUUCCUCGCCGGAAGAGAUUUCGACUUCUUCUUCUUUUGUCGCCGACGACGUAUUUGCGGCUAAGGGUGACGUUGCUCAAACACCAUUGUCACCUUCGUUUGGCGGGACUAGAUUCGUAGAGGCGCUCGAGGAGAAUGAGACGUUGAUUGCUGGCAGUGGUUUGAAUUCGCCUGUUGUGGGCGCUGCGCAACCUCUGGGUGUUGCCAUCAUCGACUCGUUGGUCAUUGUUACAGCCAACAAGUUGGAACCUGUAGUGCGAGUGUUCGUCGUAUGUCCAAAACAGUAGUAUAGCUUGUAAGUUGUAAAAACUGGGAUCCUGUCCCGUACAUUGGUAGUAAAUAUAGUACUGAAUGAUACGUAUCAUUGUGCGUGAGGCUACGACGUGUAUAUGAAACCUCAAAAUGUAAGUAAGUAGCGUGUAAGUAAUCUAGAGAACAAUAAGAGUGGAAAUGAUCGAAGGAAACAAAGGGAAAUGUCAGUCCUAACUGAAUAGCGACGUUGCGUAUGAUGGCGGGCUCGACGUCUAGUCCGUCUGCUCCCUCUACA